AUGAUGAAGACACUGGUCCUACUGCUCAUUCACUUAGCAUAUGUUUUUGGAUGUGGUACACCUGCUGUCAAGCCUUAUACCAAUAGGGUGGUGAAUGGAGAGGAUGCUCGCCCCCACAGCUGGCCUUGGCAGAUCUCCCUGCAGGUGAAGCACGGCAGCCGUUUCCAUCACACGUGUGGAGGGACUCUGAUUGGACCUCGUUGGGUGCUGACUGCUGGACACUGCAUCUGGCCAGGAGAUGUGUACCGUGUCGUCUUGGGAGAGCAUAACAUGAACCAGGAAGAGGGCACUGAACAGAUCAGAGAUGUUCUGCGUAUCGUUGUCCAUCCCAAGUGGGACAUCAACUUUGUGGCUCAAGGCAAUGAUCUUGCCCUGCUGAAACUGGAUAAGAGCCCCAUUAUGAAUGACAGCGUUGGCGUGGCUUGUCUUCCUCAGGCCGGAGAGAUCCCUACCCAGGGGACACAGUGUUACAUCUCUGGCUGGGGCAACCUUUACACACAUGGCCCUAUGCCUGAUAAGCUGCAGCAGGCCUUGCUGCCUGUGGUGGAGCACAGUGUGUGCAGUCGCAGUGACUGGUGGGGCAUCAACGUCAAGAGCACGAUGAUCUGUGCAGGAGGAGACGUCGUAUCUGGUUGCAAUGGAGACUCUGGAGGUCCUCUAAACUGUUUGGGUCAGGAUGGUAGGUGGUACGUCCAGGGUGUAACCAGCUUUGUUUCCUCUCGUGUCUGCAAUGAAGUUAAGAAACCCACCGUCUUCACCCGCACCUCUGCCUUCACCGAGUGGCUCAGUGAAGUAAGUUAUCAAUCUAUUUGA